UCAAAAGUGAAACAGAGAGCGACUCAGUGAGUGAGAAUGAGUGUUCAGCCCAUAGUGAAACGCGAGUCUCCGGCGAAGGUGCUCCCGCGGGUUCUGGAGGCGCCGGGGAUUCACCAAGGCCCAGUUGUUUAUGAUGGUCUUAGUGCUAUGUUGGUAGAGAAAGCAGGGUUUCCCUACUGCUUUACUGGUGGGUUUCAUAUAGCAGCUGCUAGAUAUGGAUUGCCAGACACAGAUAUUGUCUCGUAUGGAGAAACGGUGGAUCAGGGACGACAAGUCACUGAAGCUGUUUCGAUUCCUGUAAUUGGAGAUGCUGAUGAUGGAUUCGGGAACGCGAUGAUGCUUAAAAGAAGCGUCAGGGGAUUUAUCAAAGCUGGAUUUGGUGGGGUUAUGAUUGAUGAUCAGGUAUCUGUAAAAGCAGCUGGUGAAGGACCACAGAGGAAAGUGGUGUCAAAAGAGGAGGCAGUGAUGCGGAUAAAAGCCGCCGUAGAUGCACGGAGCGAGAGUGGCACCGACAUUGUGAUUGUAAGACGCACUGAUGCUCGACUGGCAGUGUCUUUUGAGGAAGCACUCUGGAGGAUGAAAACUUUUGCUGAUGCCGGAGCAGACGUCAUUUUUCUUGAUAAUCUAUUUUCAAAAGACGAGAUGAAGGCUUUCUGUAAUGCCGUUCCCCAUGUUCCAAAACUCGCCAAUAUGGGUGAAGAUGGGGGCACACCAUUUCCCAAUCCUGAAGAAAUGGCCAGUUUUGGAUAUAAACUCGUGGCCUACCCGUUUUGCUUGCUCGGAGCAUCUAUUCUAGCCAUACAGGAUGCUCUUGCUGCCAUUAAAGGUGGCGGUGUCCCUGGUCCUGGAAAAGUGCCGUCUUUAGAAAAGUUGAAGGAAAUCUUAGGCUUCCACGUCUUUUAUGAAGAAGAGAAGCGCUAUAUUGUUUAAGCCUUAGGCUUGGACAAG